AUGAACCGCCCUUUGGCCACGACGCUGAUUCAGGGGCCGUCGGCAUGGAACCCGCUAUCCGUUCCGUCAACGCUGAGUGUUGGGGACAUUACUGAUCUGGCAUACUUGGUCUCAUUGGAGAACAGCGCUGUCAUGACCUUCUAUUCCAUGCAGUACUCAAGUCAGAAGGACAGCGUCUCGCCGCUGACCUUAACGGUGAGUGUACAUGCAGUAUUUGGACGAAUGACCAUAUAG